GACAACAUAGAGAAAAGUUGCUCUAAUUUUUACUAGUGAGCAGUGAGUAUAAUAGUCAUUUGCCAAUUAGAAUGGAAUAUAAGAAUUUUCUCCUGAGCUUCCUUCUUUGCUGCAUGUUGCUUACAACCAGCUAUUGUUACAUGAUAUUUGAGGAAAAGCAGAACUCAGACAACUAUCCAAUAAAUAAUAACAAAAUCAAGAUCCCGGAUCUCCCUCCCAUCUCUAUAGUAGAUUUAACCAAAACUUCCUUGAAGCUAAGCAGGAAAGAAGCUGAGAGAAAAAAAUCUAUGAAGAGAAUGGGGCAACAAAAAAAACCUUCUCGACCCAAACCAUCUCCCCCUCCGAACUGUGUUGCUACUUGGGCGAGCUGCAAGCCACCAUCUCCUCCAUGCUGUGACUUCUGUGCUUUCUGCCACUGCCGACUUUUUCAGACAGUCUGCUACUGCCGCAUGGGAAAUCCAAACUGCUAAAUCAAAGUCAAGAAUGCUUUCAGUAUCUAAGUAUAUCUUCCAGACUGGUUGCCUUGUAUCUAGUUUCCAAAGAGGCCAAGAGCCUUGUCUUCUUCCAAGAACCACAUUCCUUGUGGGAUCUAUCUCAAAGGGUAAUGCUAUCAGAAACAAGCUAGUUCCUGCCAUGGUAAUGAUGGUAGAGAAGGGGUGAAAUGGGAGAAAGGCUGACCACUUGAAAAGGGAAGGGAAGGUGAGAGAAUGAAAGUUACACAUUAAAAAUACAUUAGAAGUAGACCUCGAGUUAUGACCAUAGUUGAGCCCAAA